AUGAAGACCUUCCUCUUCAUUGCCUGUUUAGCUACAGAAUCCUACAGUUUGUCAUCUGAUGAACAAACUGCUGCCUUCAACUACCACAAUGUCAAGAAACGUAUUGUAGCCUUAAGGCAACAAGCAGCGGCCGACGGUCAACUACCUACUGCUGCCGACAUGUUGGCAUACGACUACGAAACGGCAGUAGAAGCUGAAGAAGCAAGACUGGGCCAACAACUGUAUUUGGAAACACAAUGGGUAUGCUGGAGGACAGAACAUGUACGUGUACUGGUCAUCUGACCCCACAGUAGUCAACAACACCUUCCUUCUUCAGAGUUCGGUCGAGGAUUGGUUCGAUGAAGUUGCCCACUUCAACGGCAGCAAAGUCGGCAACUUUGAAGUUGACCCUAACUAUUUUAUUAAACAUUUUACUCAAGUAGUUGUACAUAUGUAUGAUUAAUAGAUGACAGAACUGUAGUACUAUUAUCAUAAUGUUUUAGGUGAUCUGGGCCAAUUCCUACCUGGUCGGAUGUGGCAUAACUCAAUGUCCAACUAUCGCCAACUUGGGUUCUGACUAUGACAAUGGAUUCAUCAUUGUGUGCAACUACCAAACCGCCGGAAGCUAUAUUAAUGAGCCAGUUUACACUGCUGGCGACGUACGUUCUCAAUGCCCUUCUGAUCGUGUCUGUGACGAUAGAUUGUGUUCGUUGGACGCGACUACUCAGCUACUAAGGUGA